CUUCGCUUCAUUUUCCCAAUGAGCAUCUCCGCUCGAGUCUCCAGAAACAAGUGACACCUCAUCAGACAACAUGGGGGAAGCGAAAAUCCCCAGACAGUUGUUUCUGUGGAGCAUUGCCGUUGUUUACGUGUGUACUUUUGCAUCCAUCUACAUCCAGAUACCAGGUUUGUAUGGAGAUGACGGCAUUGUCCCCGUCCGCCUGCUGAUGCCCCGGGUGCAGCGGCCCCUGCUGGAACAGCUUCAGGCCUUCCCGUCCCUGCUGUGGUUGGGCCCAUCUCUGGGUCUGGAGCCCCAGCAAGCCCUGGAGCUCAUCUGCCUGCUCGGGGUGGUGCUAGGCCUGGGUGCUGUGCUACUGGGGCCACUGAGAGACAGUCUCAUCUACCUCUGCCUGUGGGCCCUAUACCUCUCACUCUAUAAUGUUGGAGGGGACUUCCUCCGCUCUGAAUGGGAUAUGCUGCUGUUGGAGGCGGGGUUUCUGGCUGUGCUUGUUGCUCCUUUUGGUCUGCUACGGGGUCGCUCCUCUUAUAGGUACCAUGACCCUGUGACCUUUUGGUUGACCCGCUGGCUGUUGUUCCGGCUCACCUUCUGCACAGGUGCAAGUAAGCUGGCCAGUGGCGACCCUGCCUGGUGGAGUCUCUCAGCUCUGAGUCAUCAUUUUGAGAACCAGAUAAGUCCCACCCCUUUGGCCUGGCACGCCCAUCAGCUCCCUGCUUGGUUGUUGAGAUUUGGAGCAGUGGCUCUGUUGCAGUGUGAGAUUGUAGUUCCUCUUCUAACGUUCUUCGCUCCCAUUCGCCGUUUGAGACUGUUUGGCUUUUAUAUUCAGAUUUUUCUCCAGCUCUGUCACAUCCUAACAGGCAACUGCAGUCUUCUAAAUCUGCUGAGCAUCGCUCUGAGCUUCUCAUUAUUGGAUGAUGAUCACUUCACCUCUAGUGCUGCUCCAAAGAAAAAGAAGAAAACCCGGAGCUGGACACUUUGGUCUUUGGUCUCUCUCUUGGUGUUGCUGGUAGAGAUGGCCGUGUACGCCUUGAUCUUAUACAGUGAAGUUAAACUUUUCAAACUGCAGAUUAAUUGGGGACAAAAGACUUUGACAUCCACAAUAGAUUUCACUCGAAAGGAGUUUGAGGAGUUCAUGCAGUUUGUUCAUGUGCCCACUAUUUGGGUUGGUGUGUUGUCUUUCACUUGGGAAGCAGUAGCAGCCAUGCUAAAGUGUGUGUGCACACGAGGCGUUCUCGGCAAGCUUUGGUCCCUCAUCCAGUGGGCAGUUAUUAUGGCAGCCUCUAUAGGCGUAUUCACCCUCAGUGUAGUUCCGUAUGCAGCCAUGACUGGAAUAUCACUGCUGCCUGAAGUGAGAGAUACUUACAGUGCUGUGGAGAGGUUCCAGUUGGUCGGGGCCUAUGGCAUCCAGCACAGAAUGACAUCUGCUUUGGGCAGGCCUGAGAUCAUUUUAGAGGGCAGCUAUGACGGCCUGACAUGGAAUGAAAUAGACCUCAUGUAUAAGAUAGGAAGUGUGAAUGUAGCCCCGCCCAUAGCUGGACCCCAUCAGCCACGGCUGGAGUGGCUAAUGUGGCAGGCUGCUCAGGGUGGGCAUGAUCAAAGCCCCUGGUUUACAGGUCUUGUACAGCGGCUCCUACAGGGCAAACCUGAGGUGGUUAGUCUGCUUCAGAUAGAUGAAACGCUGUACCCCUUCAGUCAGAAACCACCAGCCCUCAUAAAAGCCACGCUUUACAACUACCACUUCACAGACCCUGCAGAAGACAAGUCCCAUCGGCAGGCCUGGUGGAAGAGGAAGUACACAGAGAAUUUUCUUCCCGUUGUAAACCUUGGUGACUCCAUACUAGAAAAAAUGUUAGAGGAGUCUGGUCUGAAGGAAAAGUUCCCAGUUCAGCCUAGUUCAGACACGCCUGUAUCCAAAGCCCUGAGCCACAUUCGGGGCCACCUGAAAGGCCUCUCGGGGCCCCUGCUGCUUUCAACUCUGUUGGCUACUUUAGUCGGUAUCUUCCUCAUCAAAUCCACCUUCUCCUGGGCUUUAGGAGGCCGAAAGCCCAAAGCAGCUACAGCUGAUCACAAGACUAAGAAACCCAGAGAGCCCACAUCCAACCGGGGCAACAGGAAGGACAACACAGAGGACAUGAAGUUGGACUCAGAAAAGAGCCCCCGCAGGAGGAAAUGAGUUGUCACUUUGUGCCUUCGUGUUUGGCAAGAUGCGAUGACAAAUGAUUCUUUCUCAGAUGUACACUUUUCUAAGAUCAGUUCUUUGAUAUUCAUAUCUGUCUCACAGCUCAGAUUUGAGUGUUUACCACCACAACGUUUUCUAUCAAAGUCCCUCUUUCUCGUUGUGUCAAAAUCAAGAAGUACAUGUCAUCAUGCAAACUGACAGUUCAUGCGGUACUUGAUUUCAUUGGCUUUGAACAUAAACCAUCCAUUUUUAAACUGUCAUCCGUUACACCCAUGUUUAUACACCGUGGAUGUCCCAAAGAUUAAAGCACAAAUGCUGUUUAACUCAUUAAACGGUUGUUGAUACAUUAAUUUAUUCCCCAGUUAUUUUUGUUACUUUCUCACUUUUUUCUAAAUGUUACUUUUCUCCUUAAAUAAAAUUUUGAAAGAUGCCUCUUUUUCAAAAGGCAAUGUCAAAGGGUGGAAUGUCAUUUAGCAG